GCCGCGUGCGUAGCUAGAGCUAGCCAGAAAGAGCGGUACCGCAUCAAUGGCGGCGGGCGGCGUGUGGGUGUUCCGGAAGGACGGGGUGAUGGAGCUGGAGCGGGAGGUGUCGAGCCGGAAGGCGCUGGUGUACGUGCCGGCGAACGAGACGAUGCGGUCGCUGCGGGCGCUGGAGCGGCGGCUGGGGUUGCUGGGAUGGGAGCGCUACUACGAGGACCGCGCCGUCGUGCAGCUCCACCGCCGCGACGGCAGCCUCGACCUCAUCUCGCUGCCGCGAGACUUUGCGCGGUUCCGCUCCGUCCACAUGUACGACGUCGUCGUCAAGAACCGAGGCCACUUCAAGGUCGUCGACCUCUAAGCGUGCGUCUCACUCUCACCGGCCAGUCAAGCUUGCAAGGUCUGUGUUAAUCCCUGUACGCGUGAUCGAUCGUUAGACAUUUGUGUUUACCUCUAGACAUCUACUACGUACCUACUUUCCCCGGCCAGUCCAGGUUGCAAGAUGCGUCUGUGUGUCGAUUGUUGUACGUGUGAUCGAUCGUUGUGUAACAAAUGUAUGCCUUGUCCUGUAUGACGUUUCCCGUGUUCUCGUACGCCUCUCAGCUAAUCGUGUGGCAUAUGUGUGUGUGUCCCGUUUUUCUCUUUUCGCUGAUGCCACCGAACUAAAGCUUCGAGGAUUGCCAGUGUGAGCUACUCGUAUUGACUCGAACUCGCUAAUAGUAGUACUAAUGUUUUUUUU